CUUCUUGGUGACACAAGAGGAAAUGUUAAAAGCCCUCCCAGCAUAGAAGUGUCAUUUUGUUUUGGAUGGCAACCACAACAGAUGCAGCAUAAUUCAGAGCCUGAGGAGUAUGGCUUUCAACCCCUUCCUCAGCCACUCUAACACUUUAGCAUUUAAGAAGCCUCAGGUCCUUUGAAAGAGCUUCCUCUCAAACUGUUACUGCAGGGAGUUUGACCUGAGGGCUAUUCCUAUGGUGGCCAGCCAAUGCCUGGCCAUGGGCAAUGGUUCGAUAAAAGCCCCACGAGCUGAGGAGAAUAGCUGCCUGGCCUCCAUCCACACAGAUCCUCCUGGUCUGGACACAGAAGUCCUCAGAUUGCGAAUCAGCCACCUAGAGGCAGAGCUGGCACAUCGUGACCAAGAUAUUCGAGCCCAGGAGCUUCAGUUACAGCAUCUCCAGAGUGAACUGGAGGGCAAGAUUUCCCAGAUUGAUAAGCUUCAAGAUGCUAUUGGCUACAACAACAGCCUGGGCUGCUCUCCAUCUGCCCUGUGCCACCACAGCCACCGCCGCUUCAGUGUCAUCAACCAGGGUCCCAGCCGCUUCCACAGGGUGGCUGUGGAGGUCCACCGCAGGCUAAAAGCAAAAGAGGGCGUCUCUGCUGAACCCACUUCAGAGAACUUCUGCGGAGGGCUCAGAGCAGCAAAUGUCUCCAUCACCAAGACUGUCAGCAAAGCCUCACACACCAAGCAGCUCAUCAACGAUGCCAUCAUGAACAAUGACUUUCUGAAGAAACUGGAGCCACAGCACAUGAGGGAAAUGGUGGACUGUAUGUAUGAGAAGGUUUACAGUGAGGGACAGCUGGUCAUUCAAGAAGGGCAGCCUGGAAACCAUCUCUACGUACUGGCAGAGGGCUUGUUAGAGGUGAUCCAGCAUGGGAAGCUGCUGGGAGAGAUGUGUCCUGGCACAGCAUUUGGAGAACUGGCCAUACUGUACAACUGUAAGAGAACAGCCACUGUUAAAGCUGUGUCCCAGUCUCACAUCUGGGCACUGGACCGCCAGACCUUUCAGACUAUUAUGAUGCAGACCACACAGGCCAGACAUGAGGAGUACUUCAGCUUUCUGUGCAGUGUGUCUCUGCUGCGAGGACUGCCUGAGGAAAAACUAGCCAAAAUUGUGGAUUGUCUUGAAGUGGACCAUUUUGAGAAAGGGGAGCAUAUCAUUCGAGAGGGUGAAGAAGGGAACACUUUCUUUAUCAUUGCAAAAGGAGAGGUCAUAGUCACUCAGAGUACAGAGGGGUUUGCUGAACCACAGAAAAUCAAGACAUUGGGAGUUGGAGACUACUUCGGGGAGAAAGCUCUGAUCAGUGAGGAUGUCCGCUCAGCCAACAUCAUCUGCAAUGAGAAUGACACAAACUGCUUGGUGGUGGACAGAGAUAAUUUCAACCAAAUGGUGGGAACUUAUGAGGAGCUUCAGGCUUACCUUAAGGAAUAUGUAGAAGAGCUUUCCAGGAGUGAUGAGAGGAGAAAUGCCCUGCCCUACUCACCUCAGAUUGACACUGCCGAGGCCCAGGAGCUGAAGAGGCUGAAGGAGAGGAUUGUUCUCGUGCCUCAACACCAGCCUUUCCAGGAGCUUGAGCUCAUAGCUACACUUGGCAUGGGGGGAUUUGGACGAGUGGAACUGGUAAAGUUAAAAGAUGAGGACAUCACGUUUGCUCUGAAGUGCAUUAAGAAGAAGCACAUUGUGGAAACCAGACAGCAGGAGCACAUCUACUCUGAAAAACACAUCCUUCAGCAGACAAACUCAGCAUUUAUCAUCAGAUUAUUCCGAACAUUUCGGGAUAACAAGUUUGUCUACAUGUUGCUAGAGGCGUGUCUUGGUGGAGAGCUGUGGACUGUCCUGCGAGACAUGAGUUAUUUUGAUGAGCCAACAGCCAGAUUUUGCACUGGUUGUGUCUGUGAGGCCUUUGAUUACCUCCACUCUAUGGGCAUUGUCUUCAGAGACCUGAAACCUGAAAACCUCCUGCUGGAUGCUGAGGGUUAUGUCAAAAUGGCAGACUUUGGUUUUGCUAAAAAGAUCAGCCCUGGAAAGAAGACUUGGACAUUCUGUGGGACUCCAGAGUAUGUGGCCCCAGAGGUCAUCAUGAACAAAGGCCAUGACUUUGGAGCUGAUUGCUGGUCUUUGGGAAUCCUUAUAUUUGAACUACUCACUGGCAACCCACCCUUUGCGGGUUCAGAUCCCAUAAAGGUUUACACGAUGGUCCUCCAUGGCAUUGAGAAGGUGGACUUCCCAAAGAAAAUAGGCAAGCGUCCAGAUGACCUCAUCAGGAGACUCUGCAAGCUUAACCCAGUAGAGAGGCUGGGAAACAAAAAGAACGGCAUCACUGACAUCAAGAAACACAAGUGGUUCCGGGGCUUCAACUGGGUGGGUUUGAGGCAUCGCAAGCUGCAGUCUCCACUGAGGAGAGAGCUGAAGGGGCCGAUGGAUCACAGUCACUUUGACUUCUUUCCUCCUGACACUGAGGAGCCUCCUGAUGAGCUGUCUGGCUGGGAUAAAGAUUUCUGAGGACUGUGAUUAUAUUGAAUCCAAGCACCAUCAGUGGACCUGGAUCUGAAGCUGCUGUGGGUUAGCAUGCUAACUCCUAAAACGUGCCUCUGGUUUUUCAUUCUCACAGCGGCUUACCAUCCAGAUGGAGCACAUCACUGUUAUAUGACUGAGACUAACAGGUAAUAUGCUGUGAGUACAGUAAUGUUCAUCCUUUUUUUUUGCUACACUUUACUACACAUUGUCAUCAUUUUUUACUGUUGUCUUGUUUCCUCCUUAUUGUUUAAUCACACUAAUAAUAACUGAAAAACCUUUGGUUUCAAAUCUCUGACUCCACCCUCAAUGAGGGUGUUGAAAGAACCUGGAACCUGCAUUUAUAUCAUGUUCUAAGCAAUACCUGCAUUUAGGAUUUAUGUGAGGACAAAGUACUGUUUCAGUGUAUUUUCUUUUGCCUCAGCAGACGUUUUGGUGUCUAAUAUUGUUCAUCUCAAGUUUUUUCAUUGCAGUAACUUGCUAUUCAGAGAAUACAAAUAUUGUCCAUUUCUGUUCCAUAGGCAGAUGCAUUUUAAUGUGGUCAUCUCCCCCACCCAUUCUGAAGCUUUAUUUAAUCCAAAGACAUUGCCGAUCAGUUUGGUUAAUCAAAUACGGUUAAGUCCAGAAAUAUUUGGACAGUGACACAAUUAUCAAACUGAAGUGCAGACUUUCAGCAUUAAUUUGAGGGUAUUUACAUCAAAAUUGGAGGAAGGGUUUAAGAAUGCAAAAAUGUUCAUACAUGGUUCCAUCAUUUCAAGGGACCUAAAGUAAUUGGACAAUUGAAUCAAAAGUUGUUUCAGGAGUUGGUGAGAGCUCUUCCCUCAUCAUUUCAUCAUCAAAUAAGCAGAUAGAAGGUCUGGAGUUAAUUUCGGGUGUGGCAAUUUCGUUUAGAAGCUGUUGCUGCAAAUUUACAACAUGCAGUUAAAGGUGCUCUUAAUGCAAGUGAAACACGCCAUCCUUAGGCUGAGAAACAAGACAAAAUCCAUCAGAGAGAUAGCAGAAACAUUAGGAGUGGCAAAAUCAACAGUUUGGUACAUUAUGAGAAAAAAAGAAUGCACUGGUGUGCUGGGCAAUACAAAAAUGCCCAGACAUCCACUGAAGACCACAGCAGUUGAUUGCUGGAUCUUUUCCAUGGUAAAAAAGAACCCCUUCACAAUGUCAAUUGUUGUCUUUGGUCAGCCUGUUGUAAUGCUAGUUUAGUGUAGACCUUUUAUGUAAUCCACUGUCCUCCAGAGAACAAAAAAUAUCCAACAUGUUAUUAAAUAUUACAGUCCAUUUUUAAAACUCAAUACUUAUGUAUGAAGGAAGAUGGUAAAUCCUGCUUCAGUUCAAAGAUGGCCUCUGGCUAAUAAGAGUAUGGAUAAGAGAAAUAUAAAAUGCUAAUGAUUAACCUGAGUAUAUUUAAUAUAAUGUUCUACUCACUGAACUAUGUAGCAGUGAACUUCAGUUAUAUGGUCUGCUGCUAUUUAUUAUUAUCAUUAUUUUAUUUAUUUAUUUUUUGUUUUUUAUUUUUUUUUUACUUCAGGUAGCUUGCUGUUUCUUGUUGCAUCCCUGAGCUGUGACAACUGAUACAAUUUUGCAACUGAUAUAACAUCUUGCCUUUUGCCUGCCUACCAUUAUACAUGCUGCACUGGGUGUAAUGACCCAGUAUAUUUUUUCGUCCCAGAGCAAAGAAAAAUGUUCAGUCUGUUCAAAGUUGAAAUUCUGCAACAGAGGACUCUGAGUGUCUGUUGGGCUGUUGGGAUAUUUGUCAUUCCCUCAGUAAAGAGGGUAGUAUGGUGGGGAAGUAACAAUUAAUAAUAAGCAUUGACACAUUCCUUAGACGAGGUUUUAGGUCAGUCUUAUCACCACAAACUUAAAAGGUAAAAUUUACAGUUUAUCAUUACUUUAAAAGUCUAUCAGAUACCCAAUGUGGAAAGCAAAUAAGUAAAUGUACUCAACACAUAGUUCUACCCCCUUAGGUAUACGCUAUUUCAAGCAUAAUGCAUCAUCAACAUCCAUUUAUCCAUAUUCUUUUUAUUGAAAUCAUCUCUGAUAUGUAUUUUCUGAGUUUCCCUGAUAUAGCAGCUCAAUUCUAAUUCUUCAGGCUAAAAGGUGCUCCCUCCUUUAAAAAGCUAUAACAUGUUUUAGUGUAUUGGUUGAUUUAGUCAUUUUGGCUGUGUCUUUGUACGUCUUGUAACUGUUUUAUUAUCUAAAAGUUUCAAUAAAAUUGUUAUUGAAAAAAAAAGCUAUAACGUGUAUUUGUAUUAGGCUAAAAACAGGCUGCUUUAUGAACUCAUGCAAAGCAACUAUGUCUUAAAAGCAUCUGACACUGCCUUACUCUUGUUCAAUGUGGGCAUAACUUUUGCUAAUAAUACUUUUAUACUUUUUUUACACUUAUUUUAGUAAUGCUUAAAUUGCAAAGCUUUUUUAGCAGUUUUAAAAUCUGUUUUUUAAACAUGUUUCACCACAGCAUAGAGGGUUGCAACAAAUUCAGACUACUAUGCAGCCUUUCAUCACACCUUUAACCUAAAUAUCUAAAAUGCUAUGAUGGAGCCUAAAAUGGCCCAAAAUAUGAUAAACAAGGAAACCAAAACGAAAUAAUAAAUCUAAUUAACAUUUUCAGUUAUUGUUAUGCCAUUUCCCAGGGUACAUUUCUGCUGUGUGGCCAGGCUUUGCACACGUGCAAUGUAUAGUCUGGUAUCUCUGGUCGCUAAUUAUUUCAAUAAUUAUUUUCAGAAAAAAAAAACAACAAAAAACAUAGUUUCCAUAAGUAGUCCAAGAUUC